GGGGGGGGGGAGAAAAAAGAAAAGCAGAGAAACGGAGAAAGAGAGAGCUGUGAGCUGCAGUGUUUGACCAGGUCGGAACACGGAACACCUUAGACGAGGAUUGUUGCUUUUCUGGUCUCCUCAAAUAACGGAUCAUUUUUGGAUGACUAAACCGGAGUGGGCUGGAACAGUGAGGAAAUCAGCCGGGAUCAGGAGUUCCGACAGGGAAUUUUCUCUAUGGAAUUAAAUCGCCGAGGAGCUUCAUUCAUGUGGCUAUAGAGAGGCUCUGAAUUGGUUUCAAAGUCCAAAACGCUCAAGUUUUUUUUUUUUUAGUUUGUGAUUGUAACUGUCGGGCGUUUUAUUAUUAUUAUUAUUUUUAUGAUUUUUUUUAAUUUCUGUUCAGCGUAAAUUAUCCGCGAUGUAUACUUAUUCCCUAAGAACAUGCAUGAACUAGUGGAUUAAGCAGAUGAACUCAAGUUAGUUCGGUUCUGCAUGUGCACGGCCGACGGCGUUCUCUCGUGAAUGCGUUUAGUUUUCAUUGCAUUUCAUUGAUUUUAAUGCUACCUAAUAAUAAUAACAACAACAACAACAACGUGCGUUUAAAGCCCAUGUUGUGGAUUUGUUCCCGACCCACGGUGCUCUGCUGUGCGCGCGCUGCACAGCGCUCGGCCAACCUUAAUGUCGCACGAGCUCAAAAGCACUUGUGAAAACCUGCUAUUGGAGCAGAAUUAAUAAACAAACAAACAAACAAACAAAAAACAAGAAAGCACACAAUCAGAUUUUUAAACUGUCGUAUGUUCAGGACGAAACGCUCAGGUCUCGUGCGGCGACUCUGGAGAAGCCGUUUGGUUCCAGAUAACGAGGAGGGUGACGGCAAUGGCAAGAGUGGAGACUGCUGUCGGGACGAUGUGUGCGAACAUCCGGAAAAAAUCGGUAAAACUGAGUUCGGAGCGAUGACGCCGAGCGGCUCGGCCGGUGCAGAGGGUGUGUGUUCGAGCGCCGGCUGGGGGGUGACUUUGGACCAACGCAGCGGCGGCGGCGGCGGCGCAGUGGUGUGCGUUCCGGAACGGGGGAACCCCCGGUCAGUGCAGGACGUCGACAGCAGGACAGUAACGUGCUGCUUGUUCAAAGACCGGGACUCUUCCGGACCCGGAAGCUCGGAAGCGGCGGCUGUGGCUCGCGCAAAGGAGCCGAGCUCGUGCCAGUGGGCGCCCCGGAGCCCUGGCAGCUCCUCAGUCGAGAGUCCUGAGUCAAAACGGCGCUCGUUGGCAGAGCAGGAGCUCAAGGCCGCCACGUACUCGUUGCUCAAACGGCUGAAGGAGAAACCGCUGGAUGCGCUCCUAGAAGCCGUGGAGUCCCGAGGCGGAGUGCCGAGCGAGUGCGUGAUGGUGGCAAGGGGAGAUCUGCGUCUUGGCGCACACGCAGCGCCUCCGCAGCUUCUCGUGUGCAAGCUGUACCGAUGGACCGACCUACAGCACACUGCGCAGCUCAAAGCGCUCUACGAGUGCAAAAGCUUUAGCGGACGCGACGGACCGCUCAUCUGCUGCAACCCCUAUCAUUACAGCCGCCUGUGUGGGCCAGAAUCGCCUCCACCUCCUUACUCAAGGCUUUCCCCUAGUGACGAACACAAGCCACUGGAUCUGUCAGAUUCCACACUGUCUUACACUGAAAUGGAGGCUGCCAACUCGCCAAACAUCACCCAAGGGGAAUUCUCAGAUGCCAGCUUGUCGCCGGACGCCUCUAAGCAGAGCCACUGGUGUAGUGUGGCAUACUGGGAGCACCGGACACGAGUGGGUCGCCUGUACCCAGUGUAUGAGCCCUCAGUGAGCAUCUUCUAUGACCUACCUCAGGGCACGGGCCUGUGCCUAGGCCAGCUGGGCGGCGAGCACCGUGGUGGCACUGCCCAGCGCACACGCAGCAAAAUCGGUUAUGGCCUGCUGCUCAGUAAAGAGCCGGAUGGUGUGUGGGCUUACAAUCGUAGUCAGCACCCCAUUUUCGUUAACUCACCAACGCUGGAGGCGCCAGGAGGACGCGGCCUGCUCGUACGCAAGGUCAUGCCCGGAUACUCCAUCAAGGUGUUUGACUACGAGCUCUCAGCUCGGCUGCUGCUGCGCCACGAGGCUGAGCCUGCGCUACCGGACGGCCCAUACGACCCCAACAGUGUGCGCAUCAGCUUUGCCAAGGGCUGGGGACCGUGCUACUCGCGCCAGUUCAUCACCUCCUGCCCGUGCUGGCUCGAAAUCCUCCUCAACAACCACAGAUAACACACAAACAGAUAGACAUUGAGAGCCAGUCACAGACUCAGAGCCAAAAGAUGCACCCAGAGACUGGACACACCCCACAAACUAUCCCAAAUAUCGUCUACUUAGAUUUAAUAUAAAGUUUUAUAUAUUAUAUGAAAUAUAUAUUAUACUUGUAAAUACUGGAGUCAUUUUUACAAUGUAAUUAUUUAUGUAUGGUGCAAUGUGUACAUGGACAAGUGGAAAAAACCGAAAUGCACUUUGGCUUAUAUAUAUUAUAUAUAUAUUAUAUAUAUUAUAUAUAUAAAAUAUCUAUAAAAAUAAAGAAUUUUUCAAUACCAUUUUGAAAAAUUAUACAGCAAAAUUAGACAAACCUGGUUUUGGUGUAUAGUUUUUACAUAUUACUAAUAUCCAGACAAAAAGCUAACACCGUUCACACAUUGAUAAUAAAGUAUUCGCAUAAUAUUUGUCUGGAUCUGCUCACUUCUUUCUGAAAUGAAUGAUAAGAAUUUUCAUUUACAUCACCAUUACAAUGCUAUAAUGCAUUUAGUGGGCGUGUGCAAUGUACUACCUGUAUGAAUAUACUUCAGAAGGUGUGUACAGCGGGUGGAGCGGCCCUCAGGCACUGCCACAGGCACCAAAGAGUCGAGCAAAUAAAAGGAGCCAGUGAGAAAGUAUCCUCUGGAGACUGGCUUGUUUUACUCA